AUGCGUUUAUUAUCAAGAUCUGCAUCGUUACUAUCAAAUUAUGUCGUGAAAGUAACCAAUCACCAGUUAAGAAAUUUCGCAAAAGCCCUGAGUAAGGAACCAAUGGCCCUGAACCAAGAGACUCUCACAGGUAGACUUUUAUUAUAUUUAAAUAUUGAUAAAGAACAAAGUACAAAUCCGAUAAUUCCUGCAACAAAAACCUUCAAAAACAUACGUCAGAAUGUAAAUCAUUUGUACAAGUUAAGCACGCAAGAAAUCAUGGAUAUUACGGGCAGCUUAACGACUCAGAAUAUCCAAGGAACUGAGCUCGCUUCAAUACUGAAAGAACUCGAUGUCGAAUAUACCUUAAGACUGCCAGAGUUAUCAAUUAGAGAUAUUUUACAGUUGCUAAACGUGUACAUGUCUGUGGCCCAAAAUCAAAUCACCGAAUACAAGUUUUACAAUAAAGCAUUGAACGCCUUAAAUGAUUCACUUCCUACUUUAGAUAAGAAAGAGUUGCUACAGUUCAUUUUCUACUUGGGUGUUAGGAAGAAAUGUCUCGAGUCGCAAACAAUGCUGCGCCAGUGCCAGAAAACUAUGACCAACGAAUUUAUCGAUAGUCUAACAAGCGAGGAAUUAUGCAUCAUUUGCAUCUCAACAUUCAAAACUAGCACUAAAAUCAUCAACAAAGCACUACUCGAGAAAGUGAAGAAAUACAUUGAUGGCAACUUAUCUGUGUUACACGACUUUCCAUUAUUUGUAACUUUAGUUAAAACUUUGCGGCAUAAUCGCUGCCAAGACGAUAAUUUGCUCAACACGAUUUCCUACACCAUUAUUUUUAAUAAAACAUAUCCCUUGUACACCUUCCCAACGAUAUGCCACAUUAUGGCCCUCUUUGCCGAUUAUUUCUACUACGACAAAAAUUUGUUUAAAAUAAUCACGCAGCAGGGUUUGGAGCAGCUCAAUGAUUGUAAAUUUGUCUCGAGAAAUGUUUACUUAGCGCACCAAUUGCGGGCUAAGGAUAUUAAGCGCUUCCUGUGGGUGCUGAGCAUGUUUAGUGAUUUGAAACUCGUAAAUCGGAGCGUUUUGAAAACUCUGUUUAUUCCGAAAAUUAUCGAACGAAUCGAUGGGGGAGAAAUAAACAGGGAUGUCGCCUCUUUGGUCGACAUCACGCUGUAUUUGUGGAUGCUCAACUGCCAUCCGCAUGAACUAGUGCCUUAUGUAUUCACUAAAGAAAAUGUCCAGGUGUUGCGAAGGGAUUCCAAAAAUCAUUUAAGACUGAAUUUAUUAUUGUAUGCAAUUUUAAUCGAGGAUCCUGCGUUAGCUAAGACGUUACCGAUCAAGCCGUCAAUGGUACGAGAAAAUGAUUAUUCGAGUGUUUUUCAAUUACGCAAAAGACCGUUGUUUGAAAGGCUGUUGAAAAACUUGGAUAAGAUUAAAAAGGAUCUAAACAUCAGUAAAUUCGAAUUGUCGUAUGAAAUUCCACACAUUAAUAUUGUGGGGAUCACGGGAUACAGGAGUGGAGGAACCAAGGCUGUGUAUAUCGAAGUUUUAGAUGGGUACACUCAAAUAAGAAACGUCGAAUUUGAUGUUCCUGUAGGUUUAAUGGCCCUGAAGCUAAGACUGUUGGACCAGUUUGAGGAGGGUGUUUUAGUGGUUUCGCAGAGAGAAACGGACGACAUGACGGAUUCCGAAUUAAUAAAUUUUUUAUUGGAUGAGAUUAAAUUGAUCUGUUGACGUUUAGUUAACAAUUUAUUUUACAAGGGUUUUCAUAAUUUUUAUUUAGUUAGCUUCAAUUUUAUUUAGUUAAAUGUAUUACAACCAUAAAGCUAGUCUUGCAAGUAUUUCCGGAUGUUGCGGUUUUAAUUUAAUUUAUAAUAUUUUAUCUGAGAGUGUGGUUACCAAAUAGAUCAAGCGACCUGUGACUGAAAUUAAAUUGGCAACACCACAAUUUGAUUGUUGUGUUGCCAACUUAUCGCAGGUCACUUUGACCAAUAAUUGAAACAAUAAAACAGUUGUUAAAUUGUUA